UCAUCCAUCUUCAUCUUCAUGACAAUAUCGUCUUUCUAGUCUUUAUUCGAGGAAAAAGCAAAUCAAAGUCGCCAAGUUCUAAUAAUCAUGAUAUAGUUUUGAUUAUAUUCAACUUCCCAUCAUAUGGUUCAUGAAUCAUUUCGAUGUUAGACCAUACUGUGGUCAUAAGGAAUUCACAAUAGCCUCGUCUUCAUCCGUCUCAGAUUUAGAACACCAAAACCCAGGACGACUAUCGCGUAGGGCUGAUUCUGUGGUUUCGAUAUCCCUACGCGCAACAGCUCGUAUAAUCAUACCCCUAGAUACACCAACAACCUUAUAGUGCGCAGUGAAUUCGGCGCAUCCAAUCAGUCGAUUUUUCACGAUGGAAAUAGACCCCGCGAACCACUAUUCGCUACGCCUACCAAAACCCAACUAUCUCCCUCACAAAGUUGCCGUGGAUGAACCGGUAGUUAAAAAGUUUAAUAAACCUUUGGACCGGCCAAGCGAUCUUGAAAAUGCCACUUAUCUUUCCAAGGUCAAGCACUUUGUUCACAGCCAUGGCAUCACAAAGCCCAAGGGCUACACCGUGUCAUUUCAUUACAACCCUGAGAUGGAAAGGCAUCAUUUCGGUCAAACACAUCCGAUGAAACCCUGGCGCUUAACUCUCACCAAAAGUCUAGUCUCAUCCUAUGGAAUGAAUUUCGCCAUGGACAACUAUACCGCCCGCGCCGCCACAUAUGAGGAACUCACCUCAUUUCACACAGAUGAUUAUGUCGAAUUUCUCGCCUCAGUUCCGCCUCAGCCACUUCCGCUAGAUGUAGACAAUGCUCAUCCAGACCUUAAGUUCAACUUGGGAGGUAGUGACUGCCCACUUUUCGAGGGACUGUAUGAUUAUUGUUCACUAUCAGCGGGCGGUUCCCUAGACGCCGCGAGAAAAUUGUGUACAGGACAAUCCGACAUCGCCAUAUCAUGGGGCGGGGGGCUACAUCACGCCAAGAAAUCGGAAGCUUCAGGAUUUUGCUAUAUCAACGAUAUUGUCCUUGGUAUAUUACAACUCCUACGCAUCCACCCCCGAGUCCUCUAUAUUGAUAUCGAUGUGCAUCAUGGCGACGGCGUAGAAGAGGCCUUCUUCUCCACAGAUCGUGUUAUGACUGUCUCUUUUCAUAAGUACGAUCCCCAGGUUUUCUUCCCCGGCACCGGCGCUUUAGAAGACAAUGGUCCUAGAAGCGAGCACAAUCCGGGCGCCCACCAUGCUAUCAAUGUUCCCCUCAACGACGGUAUUACUGAUGAGCAAUACGAGUGGCUUUUCAAGAGUGUAAUCUCCAGAAUUGUCGAAAAGUUCAGACCUGGCGCUAUCGCAUUGCAGUGCGGCGCCGACUCCCUUGCUGGAGACAGAUUGGGUAAGUUCAAUCUGCUCGUUCAGGGUCACGCAUCGUGCGUGGAGUACUGUAAGAGUCUGAAUAUUCCCCUCCUCAUGUUUGGCGGGGGUGGUUACACCCCCCGAAAUGUCGCCCGUGCUUGGGCGUAUGAGACAUCUGUUGCCAUCGGUCACAACAAGACCAUCCCCACCGAGAUCCCUAUACAUACACCCUGGCGUGAGCGUUUCCGGCAAGAUACGCUUCUACCCACUCUAGAACAAAUUCUAGGCGAACCGCGUCAGAACAAGAACCCCAAGAAAAAACUAGACGAUAUAAUAGAACACGUCAGCGAGCAACUACGAUUUGUCGAGACCGCACCUAGUGUGCAAUUUUCCACUAUCCCGCCUGAUUUAGGACCUAUCAGAGACGAGGUCGAACAACGAAUUAAGGAAGAAGUCGAGCAGAAAGAUGAAAUAGGGCGAAAACUUCGAGAAGAAGGCGUCGGAGAUCGCAUGGAACUUUAGUCCUUUCCCAGAGACUUUCAGCACUUAGGAUUUUGUGCAAUAGCAGGCUUGGUUUACAUCAGGUGUGUUGGUUCUUACCUAUGAGAUUUCCCUGCCGGAAAUGAUCUGAAAUACCCCUUUGGUGCGUGCUGCAUCCUCUUGGCUUGCGCUGCGUAUCUAGUUCACUAUAACAAGAAACAAAAUUCGGUCACAAUUCCUA